AUGUCUUUACCACCUGUUCCACCUCGUCCUGAUAGUCCACAAAAACUUACAACAUGCGCAUUACACUCAGAACAGUUGCCAAAAAAGGCAAAGGAUAUACCAUAUAAUAAUUUAAAGGACGAAGAAUCGUCAGAUUUAUGUCAAAAAAAACUCUCAGAUGAAUUAUUUAAUAGUUCUAACAAACAUAUUUUAACGGAACAAAUGAAUCAUCUCGAAAAAGAUAGUGUUAUUAAUACUUCAUACAAUACACAUAAAGAUAUUAACGUUCGUUUUCCUAGCAGUAUAUCUGAAUUAAACUCUCAAGAAGAACCUGCAUUUGAAAAAUCUAGCUCUAUUUUGAUUUCAACAAAUUCAAUAUUUAAUACACAAAAACAAUAUGCAUACAUUUGUGAUGAAAACUAUAGAAAAUAUAACAAAAAGCUUUAUUCUAAGCCCGAAAACGAAACAUACACAUCCUUUUCAAACAAUAAUAAUAACUAUCAACUAAAUUCUUUAGAAAAAAAUACUAUUAUUACAAACAAGGAAACAAAAAAACACAACGAAGAAAAAUCAUUAUGUUUCUCUAACUCUUUUUUUCCAUCUAAUGAUACUUAUUCUCCAAAAAAUUUCAACAAAAAUUCUACUAUUACAUGUCUACCUAAAAAUAUCAAAGAUUCUAAUCAUGUUCAAGAGACAAAAUUGUUAUCUAAAGCAAUUAUUUGUGAAAGCGAAAAAAGAGAGCCACAUUGUAAUAAAAACAAUUCAAAUAUAUUCCAAAAAUAUCAAAAAACAAAGAAAAAUUUAGAAUUUCAAGAAUUCAAAACUUUAAAAACAUCUGCUCAAAACACCCUCAUAUUAAAUAAUACAAGUUUAGAUAAUAAAAAACAUUUUCCAGAUAAUAGAACUUGUGAACAAAAUAAUAUCUCUUUAGAAGACACUACAAGAAAAGAAAACUCAAUAGUUUUAUCAAAUUCUAUUAACAAUGAUACCUUUGAAAUCGAAAAGCAUUUGGAAUUUACACAAAAAAUUAAACCAUCAGAUCAAAUUAUAAAAUCGGAAAAUAAAGACUAUCAAUCUACUAAUUUAAAUAUGAACGAUAAACCAAUUCUUCCAUCGAGACCUACAAAAAAAGAAAUAACGUCAACCACACUUCAUUCAUCACAUACAUCAUUAGCUAGUAUUAAAAAUCCAAUUAACACGCGAACUCAGUUUUCUCGAAAUUUAGAAGAAAAAUUAAAAUUUGGACCUCCAAAAAUAUUGAACUUUAAGCAUUUACAAAGUAAUACCAGUGAGAAUGACAUUUCUAACUCUUUGUUUGAAAAUACUAAGCCAUUGCUCGAAUUGUCCAUGUUAGAGGAUUUACGAAAAACAAGAUCUAAAGGCCCUUCUAGACGCAAACCUACUAUUAUAACAACAAAAUUCCCAAAAAAACUAGGAUUUUCUAAUGUUAUUAAAUUAUUUGAUAUCAUAAACGAUGAAACAUCAGAAAAUCAUAAAAAAAAUAUUAUAGAACCAAUAAUAAAAAAUAAUCUUAAUACUUCUAAUAUAGAAGACUUUAUAGAAAAUGAUAAACCUGUAAUCAUCACAUCCUCUAAUGAUUUAUCAAAUACUUUCUCAACAAUCACUCUUAAUUAA